CAUAUUGUAGUAUAUAUUAGGAGGCUGAUAGCUUGAUGCUUCAGAACAGUUCUGAAUCUGAACAUGGCAAAGUCUAGUGUUGUGUUUUUAGCUCUCUCCGCUUUGGCGGUACAAAGCGCCGUACUGAACACUGAAGAUACACUGCUCAAAAGGGUAGCGCGUUCUCCAUGUGACGAAUGCGACAGGCAUCACGGCCCUCCACCGCCGCCGUUCUGGCCACCGCCACCACCACCAAGGUUCCACACGCAUAACUGGAGCGGCUAUGCUCGGGGAUCUGAUGGUGGACAAGGAGUUUUCAGCGGAGCGGCAGCUUCAGCUGAUCUUGGUGCCGAUGUUGGCAGUCAGGCUGUUUCGAUUGCAUCAGCAAAUACAGCAGCAAAUGCAGGAGCAAAUACAGCAGCAAAUGCAGGAGCAACUGCAGGAGCUGCAGGUGGCUACGGGUCUGGAGCAGGAGCCGCAGGUGGCUACGGAUCCGGAGCAGGAGUUAAAGGUGGUUAUGGAGGAUCUGCUAGCAAUGGCCAAGCUCAAACAAACGGGUUCAAUGGAGGAAACCACUUCCAAUCCGGUCAAUACAAAGAAUCCCAUUACUCUUACCAAGGUGGAAGCAAAUCCGAUGGAAAUGGAGGAUCUAACUUCGCUGGACAAAGAGGAGAUAUUGGCGGACAAGGAUCGCAACCUAACGGACAAAGCGGAUCGUAUGCCAGUUCAGGCGCUGCUAGCCAAGGGUUUUCUGGAAACGAGCAGCAACAACAAUUAGGUAGUGGUUUCCAUGGAACCGGAGAAAGCCAAUUACAGAGCAACUCGUUCUCAAGCCAAGGACAAGGAUUCUCAGGCAACGGCCAACAACAGCAUGCUAAUCUAGAACAAGGUUUCUCUGGAAAUGGUCAUCAACAACAUCAGGGUCAGUACUCAAGCAACGGAGAGCAACAAUCAUCAAACUACGUCUCUGGAUCUAGCUCUAAUGCCAAGAGCGGUGCAUUCUCUGGUCAAGAUGGUGCUAAGCAUGACGUCGAGUAUACAGGAAAUCAGCAACAAGUGCAAUCUGACUGGCAAAAAGAAGGAUAUAGUUCUGGGAAUGCCUCAGGGCAAGAUGGUGGGUCCCAUGGUGUUUCUGGUUCGAAUGGUUUCGGCGAGAGUCAAUCGGCUUUAAAUGGAGCGUUGAACCUGGCUCACCAGGGUCUUCAGACAGCUGAGGGAUGUAGCACAUGUGGAAAGAGCAGUUAUGCCCUGAGCAAUGCCAAGAGUCACAGCGGUAACGCAAUUGCACUGUCUAUUGGUGAUACACUGCUCAAAAGGGUAGCGCGUUCUCCAUGUGACGAAUGCGACAGGCAUCACGGCCCUCCACCGCCGCCGUUCUGGCCACCGCCACCACCACCAAGGUUCCACACGCAUAACUGGAGCGGCUAUGCUCGGGGAUCUGAUGGUGGACAAGGAGUUUUCAGCGGAGCGGCAGCUUCAGCUGAUCUUGGUGCCGAUGUUGGCAGUCAGGCUGUUUCGAUUGCAUCAGCAAAUACAGCAGCAAAUGCAGGAGCAAAUACAGCAGCAAAUGCAGGAGCAACUGCAGGAGCUGCAGGUGGCUACGGGUCUGGAGCAGGAGCCGCAGGUGGCUACGGAUCCGGAGCAGGAGUUAAAGGUGGUUAUGGAGGAUCUGCUAGCAAUGGCCAAGCUCAAACAAACGGGUUCAAUGGAGGAAACCACUUCCAAUCCGGUCAAUACAAAGAAUCCCAUUACUCUUACCAAGGUGGAAGCAAAUCCGAUGGAAAUGGAGGAUCUAACUUCGCUGGACAAAGAGGAGAUAUUGGCGGACAAGGAUCGCAACCUAACGGACAAAGCGGAUCGUAUGCCAGUUCAGGCGCUGCUAGCCAAGGGUUUUCUGGAAACGAGCAGCAACAACAAUUAGGUAGUGGUUUCCAUGGAACCGGAGAAAGCCAAUUACAGAGCAACUCGUUCUCAAGCCAAGGACAAGGAUUCUCAGGCAACGGCCAACAACAGCAUGCUAAUCUAGAACAAGGUUUCUCUGGAAAUGGUCAUCAACAACAUCAGGGUCAGUACUCAAGCAACGGAGAGCAACAAUCAUCAAACUACGUCUCUGGAUCUAGCUCUAAUGCCAAGAGCGGUGCAUUCUCUGGUCAAGAUGGUGCUAAGCAUGACGUCGAGUAUACAGGAAAUCAGCAACAAGUGCAAUCUGACUGGCAAAAAGAAGGAUAUAGUUCUGGGAAUGCCUCAGGGCAAGAUGGUGGGUCCCAUGGUGUUUCUGGUUCGAAUGGUUUCGGCGAGAGUCAAUCGGCUUUAAAUGGAGCGUUGAACCUGGCUCACCAGGGUCUUCAGACAGCUGAGGGAUGUAGCACAUGUGGAAAGAGCAGUUAUGCCCUGAGCAAUGCCAAGAGUCACAGCGGUAACGCAAUUGCACUGUCUAUUGGUGGUUAAAUGAUUUUAAAUCUGUACCUGACUA